AUGGACAUCAAGUUCAAUGAUUAUGAAUACCAUAUGAUCAGGAAGUUUACUUCCAUGUGCUAUGGUAGUAGAUGUAAUCUCAUUGACAGGAUCAAAAUACGCAACAAGAUUAGUGUAUGGCAUGAAAUAUUGACAUACUUACUAUCGCCUGAUGGUGUCCUCAAAAUUUAUAAGGUUGAAUGUUCACCGGGUGAGAAUAAUAACCUUGUGACAUCCGACUCGCUCCCAAAUUAUGUGAUAAAACGGAAAUUAAAGACUGUGAUGCGUGGUAAUGAAGGUGCAGUGAGGGCAAAUAUUUCAUUAGAUGUAAGUAAUCCAUUACAAGAUGAUCCAAGUUACAUCGAAGAAGCAAUAGAAAAUUAUCCACUGCGUUUACUAACAUUUUUGAAAAUUGAAUUAAAUCAGUAUCGCCGAUCAUUAAAUAUUCCUUAUUCCACGCCAUUGUCAAGGUAUCUACAACGAUAUAAUAUUGUUGAAUUGCAUUUGGACAAUAUUUUAAAAAGUGUAGAUGACAGCAAGCUUCCAUUUGAGAUUUUCCAAUGUCCAAAUGUUAAAAUUUUAUCUCUCAAACAUAAUCACCUACGACAAAUACCCAGUGCAAUUGGUCGACUAUCAAAGCUUGAAGUCCUUAUACUCACUGACAAUUUAUUAACUGUACAAUCAAUUCCUUUUAGUCUAAAGUUUUGUGUGAAUCUAAAAGAACUAUAUGUUGACGAUAACCAGCUUGAAGCAUUACCUGGAUUUUUAACGAGCAUGAAACAUUUAGAAUUGGUUUAUAGAUUGGGUAAUCGUAAUUACUUCAAGUCAUUUUUUUUAUGGUAUCACACUGAUUAUGAUCAUAGAGCUCGUAAAGAGAUUUGGAAAAAUUAUUGGAUAAGAGGAGAAGCAGGUUCAAGACCAGCUGUAUUAUCUCUUUUGGACAUUAGCGUUGAAAAAAUAUUUUCAAGUGGAAUUAAUUUUUUUAAUGAAGAAAUCCCAGAAUCCUUAAAACAUUAUAUGUCCUUGACUUACCUUAAUUACAAUAUAUGUAACUUCUGCAAUGUUGCAACUGACUGUUCAAAACCAGGUUAUAGUACGGUAACGUUUCUAACUCCUUAUCUGGGAAACACCUGUGUUCCAUUUCAACACUGGGCGUGUUCUAAAGAGUGUGUUCUUGCAAUCGAAGGACCAGCAAAAAAGUUACAGCUUGAAGGAGCAGAGAGACUGGACCACGAGUAUUCUAAUUAUAUAGCGACUUCUAAUAAAACUGCUGAAAAGUCUAAUAUAAAACUAAAACGUAAUAAAUGUUGUAUAAGUUAA